ACGUACUGGUUGACGUUGACAGUCUGGAGGCCACUUCCUGAUGCUGCUCCCCCGGUCUAGCUAGGUUAGCUGAAAGAUUUGGCUUUCGCGGCCUGGCGAAACCUUGGAAACACAGCGUGGUGAAACGUCUGGUGAUAGCAGUGGGAGCAGAAGAGGUCAGACGGCACCAUGAACGGCCAGCUGGACCUGAGCGGGAAGCUCAUCAUCAAAGCCCAGCUGGGCGACGACAUAAGACGCAUCCCUAUCCAUAAUGAAGACAUCACAUACGACGAGCUGGUGUUGAUGAUGCAACGCGUCUUUAGGGGCAAACUGCAGAGCAGCGACGAAGUUACCAUCAAAUACAAAGAUGAAGAUGAAGAUCUCAUCACCAUCUUUGACAGCUCCGACCUGUCUUUUGCCAUCCAGUGCAGUAGAAUACUCAAACUGACUUUAUUUGUGAACGGUCAGCCAAGGCCUCUGGAAUCGAGUCAAGUCAAGUACCUCCGCAGAGAGCUCAUCGAGCUCCGAAAUAAAGUCAACUAUCUCCUUGACAGCUUGGAACCCCCCACAGAGCCUGGUCUAGCUGCUACUGCACCAAACGCCGAGUCAGUAGAUGGGCGUGAAGGUAAAGUCAUGGCGGCCGACCCCUCAGUGAAAGGCCCCCCCGUCAGUGCAGCCAGCAUGUCGGCCUUUGACCCAUUGAAAAACCAAGAUGAGGUCAGCAAGAAUGUCAUCUCUGCUUUCGGCCUGAGUGAGGACCAGGCUCCAGCUCCCCCUGCUGUUGCACCAGAGGAGCGCUCUGCAACCCCUGACAGCAUCGCCUCAUCCUCAUCUGCUGCACCUCAGCCGGGAGUCCCCCCCCAGCCACAGCCUGCCUAUGCUGGAGUACAGCAGGGACCGCCUUCUGGGAUGGAUGGGCAAGUGUACCAACAGUACCAGGCUCCUGGGGGGUACCCGCCCCAGCAGCCAGGCGGCCCCUCGCAGUAUGCGAUGCAAUAUCCUGCAGGAUAUAAUCCUCAGUCAGGAGCCCCCCAGCCAGGACCUCCUCAGCCUGGCCCCCCGCAGCAGCAGCAACAGCAGCAGCAGCAGUUUCAGAACUACCCUCCCCCAUCCUCCCAAGCUCCAGCUCCUGCUCCAGCCCCAACCCCUGGCUUCCAGGCAGGGCAGCAGCAGCCCCACCCAUCACAGGGAGCUCAGCAGUAUCCACCAGGAGCCUUUGCUCCCCAAAAUUUUAACUCCCAGGUCUCCCAGCCUGCCAACUACAGCAUUCCGCCCACCUCCCAGCCUGGCUCAGGGUACCAGCCCCGCCCGGGGUACACCCCACCCCCAGGAAGCACCCCUCCACCCGGAAGUGCUAACCCCUAUGCCCGUAAUCGUCCUCCGUACGUUCAGGGCUAUGCUCAACCAGGCCCUGGUUACCGGUAAAGAAGAGCUUAGCUUUCACACCCUUAAACCCCCCCACCCUGUAUGUGGCCGCAAACUGAUUGGAGUGGGUGCAGACACGAGACCUACCCGGGCAGCCCCCCCACACCCCCUCAUUCAAAUAUUAAGCCCGCAGAUGAAACAAGCAUCUCCCCCCAGUCUGAUGGUUAGUGUUUGCUGUUUCUGCAGCCCGCCGCUCUGUUGUGUCUGCCCCCCCUCCCCCAGCCCUCCCUUCUCUGGUGUACUUUAGUCGUUCUGUAAGCUCACAGCAAGCAGACACGAGGAAGAAGUUGAAUGUCCUCCUCAUGGUAGGGUUUCAUUAUGAGCAUCCAAGUCCCACCUCUGCUACAGAACAGCUGUGGAGGAGCGUCCACAACACACCGUCACGUCCAAAUUUCCCCUUUAUGUUUGGUUUCCUCUCCUUGAUCAAGUUCACCACCUCUUUGUUGAUGAAAGUGCCCGAUGACGGGGAACACUAACUAAGUGAUGGCUUAUGGGAGGUGUAGUUUUGUCUUGAAAGCAGAAUCUUUAUUUUAAUCUCAGCUUCUUAUUGUGUUUCACUUUCAGUGCAGGUUGUUUUUCCUCUAUCACCGGUUUUUACUAAUAUAUCAAAUCCAAUUCCACCUUGAAGUGAUAUUAGUUGUUUAUGUAUAAACUGUAACAUUUUUGUUCUUGAAACUAAUAAAUGAUUGAAACCCAG